AUGCUACGUGCAAACCACGUAUUGUCCAUGGUCACGGCGUAACGAUAACAUCGUUAUCCGGGAAUGUCCGUCUGUGUAUAUAAGUGCUGAGAAACGGCGGGGCGCGACAGAACGUUAGCAGCGCUAGUUGUAAUAUUGUCUAAUCGUCGAUCGUCGUGUACGCGAAAUAAGACGUUUGUGCGAUAUCCGCUUGUGUACAACGCGAUCUAACCGGACCUCUUUUACACGCUUACGCUCGCGGAGGAAAGAGAGCACGCGGCUUCACUUUCACGUCUACGUUUGUUUAACAACCGGCAAAGAUCCAGAGAAGAAUCUCAAAAUGAUUACGAAAGCUUGCCACGUCAUGCUGAUCGUUGCACUAUUGGCUAGUGCUCAACUGGGAGCGGCCGCCCCAGACUGGGUGACCAAUUUGAGACAAGAGCUCAGUGCGAUGAAUGAGAAUAUUCAAAGAGAGGUGCAGUCUUAUACCCAAAAUUUGCAGCGGGAAAUAAACAGUUCAGUGCAAUGGCAGCUCGAGCAAGUUCGUAGAGAAAUUGAGAACCUACCGAAAGAUGCACAAGGUCGUAUAAUAACAAGUGAUGGCCACUCUUUAAUUAUCAAUGACGGUACAAGUAUGAUCAACUCUUUAACUGUCAAUAACGGUAUAUCAAAAAUGAUCACGUCCGGGCGUACAAAAGAUGGAGAACCAUACAUCCGCAUUAUCGAGGAACGGAGGGAUGGAAACUACCUUUAUCACAACGAGACUUCAACCAAUCCGAAAACUAACGUCACCGAGAGUAUUCGUUGGAAGCUGGACCUCAAUACUCCAGGUGCUAAGCCUGAGAUUAUCACAGAAUAAUAAAAAAAAAUUCCGUUCUUAUUUUUUAAGUCUUGUAUUAAGAUAUAUAUAAUUUGCGUUGUGAUUGACAUUUUAUGUAAAAAAAUUCAGCUAAGUACAUAUCUGAUUAAAAAUGAAAAAGAAGAAGAUGAAGCUACGAAGUCUUCAACAAAAUAAAUAAUAAGAUAAAAAUAUUAUAUUAUUACAAAUCACGAUAAACGCGGAAUAUGUAUAUUGAAUUUUUAUUCAUGAAAUUCGGUGUAAAAUCUGAAAAAUGUGUUUUCUUCAUUCACUUUGAUAUUAAGAAGACACACUUACGACGAAAUACGUUUGAUAAUUAUGUAGUUUUGCACGCUUCUCUGAAUAUCCUUAUCUGUCGGAGGCAAGAACGCAAACCGAUCAUAAAGUGCGACAGUAAAAUCGUGAAUUAUGCGGUGGGGAAAGUCACACAAUUAUCGAGUUGCGCAAAAGCGACGGAAUGAAUAUGGUAACUUUUUUUUUAAUGAUUUUGUAAGAGGGGAUUCAGAAUAACAAAUUUCAAUUAAAAUAUGCGUUGACAUUAUCGACAUUGCAGUACUAAUAUCGAUGUCCGUUCCUUGUUUCCUAUGUAUGUUCAGCUGAAUAAGCACUCGUUGUGACAAAGAAUUCUCUCACUUGUGUACUUUGACGACAUUGCGAACAAAAAGCCGCUCUCGAUCAAAAACUCGAUAAAAACUCUUACUAACGUUUUUAUAUGCUUUUUAGUUAAAAUUGAUUAUGUGCCACUAAUAAAACUGAUUUCAACAUACUA